CCCGGCGGGCGGCGCAUGGCGGGCGGUUACCAGCUGUGGGCGCCCCACUCGCCCCUGGAGGAGGCGCUGCGCUGGCUGCGAGGCGCCCCGCCGCCCGCCCCGCCGCCCGCCGCCAUUUCGGCGCACCCCUUCCGCGGGGGCGGGCUGCCGCCGGGGGGGGCGGUGGCGGCGGCGGGCGGGCUGUGGGGUCGCGGGGCGGUGCUGCGGCGGCCGCAGGCCGUGAGGCUGCGGGGCGUCGACGCCGUCUUCGGGCGGCCGGUGACGGCGCAGCCGCCGCGCUGGAGGGGCUCGCUGCGGGUGUCGGAGCGCUCGGCCUUCUGCCGGGUGGUGGCCCCGCGGCAGCCGGGGCCCUGCGGGCUGCGGGAGGCCGAGGCGCGGCUGGCCGCCGCCAUGUGCCGCAGGAUGCUGCGCGCCAUCCUGCUGCUCUACGCCGCCUACAAGAAGUGUGCCUUCGCCCUGCAGCACUCGCGAUGAGAGCCCCCGGCACGCUUGGUGUCCUCUGGAGGGUGACCUGGGUCUGGCUCGGCGGGAUGCUUCGGGGCAUUGGGCGCCUUGGAACUGUGCUGAAGCCUCACUGCGCAGAGCACACCGUGAAAGCUUGCCUGGUGCUUCACCUGCAUGCCGGGGUGGCACCCCAAGGAAAGAUGGCGAAAGCACAGAGCUCGGAGCGCAACAGCGUGCAGCUCGUGGACGUGGGCACCAGCUAUGUCAAGGAGAUGAGAAACUGCACACCCCGUCGGAGGUUAUAGGGACGUGACUGCACCGUCUGCCUGCAUGGUUCUGGCUUGCUAUGUUGCACGUAGCAUUUGCCAUUCUGCUGGGAGCAAAGCCUGAAGUGAAAUGCCUGACAAACUGAGAAGCGCUACUGCUUGAGAUGUGACCAUCUUUGCCGGACAGGCCUCAAAGAAAAGAGGUUUACACUCUUUUUUAGCUACGGGUACAAACUCCAAAAUAGAUCCCAACCUUACUACCUUUCUAAGCAAAAUCCGUUCUUCACUCAUUUCUUGUGGACAAAGACCUCCACAAAACGAAACAAAAAUUACACUUUAAUCUGUUAGUAGGUUUUACAGUUCUGCCCCCUACCACCACCCCCCAACCAUCACUAGUUUGUGAGAACUAGCUGGUUUACAAAGAAUUCAAAUCGCCUUUUAUCAUUCAGAGCAAAGUCUGUAGUUAUUUGCAGCUAGUGAAGGCAGUUCACGUAAAUACAGUCUUCUAAGUUACCCAUCAGAAUCUUUUUUCCUUUUUCUUUUUUUUAGCUAAUGGUAUAAGUAUCCUUAAAACAAAAUUCAUGCCAUAUCAGUUUUCUAAAAAUGCAUUUUUGAUCUACUCUAUUCAAACUUUCUUUACAAUUAAAUGUACAGGUGUGAAAAUCCAUGUAGAUUACUUACAGCUUAUGAAAACAAUUUGCAAAGAAUGACUGCAGAGUUGCUACUUACCUUCAAAAUAACCAAAACAAUAUUUUUAUUUGUUUUAAAUGCCAUAACCAGUGUAUAUAGCUUUUUAGAAAUGUACUAUUGGCUUCUUAACAGUCCAAAUAAAAAUUGUUCUGAUUUAUUUAUUGCUAGUAUAGGUAAUUUAUUACAACUUCCAUAAAGUAUAGUUACAAACUAUCACAAAAAUUAUAGCUGCAUAUAGAGUUUCAGUUAAUCUUGUCCAUGCAAUUACAGAGGGGAAAGCAUUUAUAAUGCAUUUAUAGUCGGUAUUUCACAUCACCCUGAUAACAUCGUUAUUCAUUCCAGUAUGGAGAUGAACAUUCAGAGUUGUCAUAGCAUUCAGUCAUUGCUUGUAACAUACUUCAGAAAUGUCUUGUCAUGGAUUCACCCCUAAUUGUGAAAAGUCUGUUGUCCCAUCUUUCAGUUGAGGCUGAUUUGCUUUCUAGACUAUCAGCUAACAAGUUAGAAUAGUUGAGUGUGGCUGCUGGGAAGUAUCACAACACAAGAAGAACUUGCAGAAUCUAUUUAUUUAGAACUGAAAAGUUAAUAAAGAGAUCAGCCUUAAGAAGAA